AUGACCGAUGCUCCGAUGGCGGAUGAUAGUGAUUCCAUAUAUCCCAGCAAACCACCAAAUUUAUUUGAAGUAGCCCAGUCAAGUAUUGUAGCAGCAAAGGAAGAUCCGGCGUUUAUGCAGAAAGAGAUGGAAUAUAAUACACAUAUAAAAAGCCUUGAAAAGUUGAUUCAAGAGUUACAGUCGAAACAAACGCAAAAAAAAAAGCUAGCAAGAAAUGACCAGGAACUUUCAGCACUGGAUAAGGAGAAGGCUCUAUUACAGUUGGAGUACAGUAGUGCUCUUAACGAUAUACAGCGAUUAAAAGAUGACAUUAGACCUACAGUCAAUUUCAGAACAGAGUUGGAGCGCCGCUUCGAAGAAUGUCGUUAUCGUCUUUCAUGCGCUCUUGAAACUAUACAUGAAUAUGAAGAUGAAGUUUUAAUGCUAAAAAGUCGUGCAGCAGAAUAUGAGUCGAAAAGUCAGGAAAGCAACUGUCUUACGAAUCAUAAUGAUAACUCGAAAAAAGGAUUGGAUCAAAUCUAUGAAUAUACCGAACAGCUUGAAAAACAAUUCGCUGAGCAAGUAGAAAUUAUUGAAGCAUUAAAACAAAAAAUUAUGCAGAGUAUGAAAACGAAUGGUAACUUGAGCUUCCCAAAAAUCGAAGAUGAACUAGCGAAAUUCCGAUCAUCACAACUAGAGGAAGGAAACUGCUUAUUAGUGGAUGCUAUCCAAACAUUACUAAGACUCCUAUCAGACAGUACUGAUUAUGAUCACGAAAUGAUCCCCAAUUCAGACCUCAGCUGA